AUGACGACAGGAUCUGGGCUCCCUUCCCGCGAGGCGGGCAAGUCUCGCGAAUUUCGCAUCCCUAUUGCGAAAAGCUUCUCUUUCACCAUUCCCGAGAUCUUUCGACCGUCGAAUCCCUUCCUCGUCCGUUGGAUUGAUAAUUUACCUGCUUCUGUUGAACGCGAGAAGCCUUUGGAGCCUGCUCAUAUCCAAGCCCCGAAGCGUGCCUUGGACUCCGUUUAUUCUGAGCAUAACAAUGAAGAAGUUUGUAGCCACCGUACCAAGCGAGCAAAGAUCACGACUCCAUCCGCAGACCAUGGUCUUAGCGUAGAGAAGCGACGAAGCAGCGUCGCUGAGUCGAGUCGUAGCCUUCUUCGCCGCGUGUCAACUGCCUGCCAUCGUGCCGUUUCGUUCCACUCCCACCACACACGCAAUGAGACACCUUCUGGUUCCCCCGUUCGCGCGUCGCUCUCGCCACUUGGUACACCCCUUUUGGUAACCGAUAGACCUCGCAUGAGAUUUGUCCUUGUUGGUGACUCUGGCUGCGGAAAAUCAAGUCUAUUGCUUCGUUAUUAUCGUGAUACUUUCACUGAGACAUACACCAAGACCCAGUACGAGCUAUUCACCAAAAUCGAGACAGUAGACGAGAAAGAGGUAGACCUCGAGCUCUGGGAUACAUCCGGCGACCUCGGCCUUCACCAGCUUCAACUUCUCUCCUACCUCGCCUGGGACGCGGUGUUCCUCUGCUUCAGCGUCGAUAGCACCGUACGCUUUGCCAAUGCUCAGACUCAGUGGGUCGACGAAAUCCGCAAGUAUUGUGGCGACAUCCCUAUCAUCCUUCUUGGCCUGAAGAAGGAUACGCGAAUGGGAACUGGUAUUUGGGCACCGCUGUACCCUCACAUUCAAGCCCGUAUCACUGCUACAGAGGGUUCUACAGCCGCGACCAUCAUGCGCGCGGUCAAGUACAUCGAGUGCUCAGCCAAGACGGGCGAAAACGUCGAACGCGUAUUCCAAGAAGGUAUACGCACGGUACUUUGCGGACGAGACGAAGAGAAAGACCUUGCGCGAGUCCGUAAGGCAUACGAAGACGAAGAGGACGCGCCACCCGCUAAGUCUUUUGCGAAGUUUAUGUGCUUUGCGUAGGAAAUCGGCGAUAAUUCACCAGCUGUGUUGGGCUGGAUUGGAAUUUAAUGUGGAAAUAACCAUGGGCGGGGAACUCGGGGCACUUGUACAUCGCCCUACUAUUAUGAGGGAAUCGUGUUUGGUUUGGUAGUGUCGU